CAUCGCUUUUAACGCUGCACAACACUCAAAGUUAUUAUGCUGGCUGAAAUGAGUAAAUUGUUUAUUAUCAGCCGUUUUACCAGUUGUAAUAAACUAAUUCAAGGCGCACUUGGUUCAAACUUGUGCAGCAAAAAAUUCUGUCUAAGUGCUGCUAAAUAUUCGGAUACGGGUCAAAGCGAUGCACCAAGAGUAUUGGUUGAAAAAGAUGCCAACAUCACAUUGAUUGGUAUCAACAGAGAGCAACAGCGCAAUUCAAUUGAUGCAGCAACCGCGGUGAAGCUAAGCGAGGCCAUCAAUCAAUUUGAGGCGGAUGACACGUCGCCUGUGGGAGUGCUAUACGGCGUGGGCGGCUCUUUCUCGGCCGGCUAUGAUUUGAAAGAAUUGGAAGCGGAGGCGCAACGCGGCAGUCUGAACUUUUUGCUGCGCCAUGAGGGCUCGGUGGGUCCGACCAGGCGGCACCUACGCAAACCCAUUAUAUGCGGCAUCAGCGGUUUCUGUGUGGCCAGCGGCCUGGAACUGGCACUUCUCUGCGAUCUUCGAGUCAUGGAAGACACGGCUGUGUUGGGCUUCUUCAAUCGGCGGUUGGGCGUGCCCAUAAGCGAUGGCGGCACCGUGCGUCUGGUUGCGGCCGUGGGCUAUUCAAAUGCUGUCGAUAUUAUAGAGACGGGUCGGCGUGUAUACGCCACAGAGGCACUGCGCAUUGGACUAGUCAAUCGAAUUGUGGCCACAGGAACAGCGCUGGGCCAGGCAGUCAACUUGGCAUUUUCGAUAGCCAAGUUCCCAUUGGCCUCGUUGCAGCACGAUCGUAAUGCGGCACUGGAUAACGCCAAUGUCUAUUCUCGUCCAGGUUUUCAUGCAGCCGUAAGCAACGAGAUCAUGAAUGUGACUGCGGCCAUGGUGACGAAUAUGCAGGAGGGCGUCAAGCGUUUCAAGACAUCUGAAGCAAAAGGCCCCAAAACGGAUGCCUGGCACGUCAAGGAGAAGUCUCUACCGAAUUGGGAGAGAGCCGAAAUCGAAAUAGAACAACUGCUAAAGAAGAAGAAAUAACAAAAUGGCAAUAUUCCACAUCUCAAAUGCAUUUAGUGCAAUAGCAUGUAAUAUAUGUAAAUAAAAAUGGUUUUUUAUUGUUUUA